UUUUUUCCAUUUAAUAUAGCACGAACUAAAACUCAAGUCUGCUACGAAAUUGGAAAACAGGAGAUGAAGCGUAUUGAUUGGUUAAAAUUGUGAGACACGCGGAGAAGACAUAGAAAAAAAAAAUCCGUGUAGCUCUAAAACUCUAAAACAAACAAACAUUUUUUUUUUCGUUGUGGAAUAAAAAGCAAAAUGUAGUUUCAGGUUCAAAGGUGUGAAAUCCAACGGCUUCCGGACCCAGUUGGUCAGAUCGAGGUUUCCUAAACUAUUUGCUGAUACAUUUUUUUUAAAAGCUUAAGUCUUUCCAGAAUGUAAAUGGAGAACAUUGCUCUAAAUAAACAAGGUUAUAAAGAGAGGUUGUGUUGUCACCCAAACUCAGUGGCGGACCCCGAUGGAUCCAGCCAUGGGACAUGUGAUUGUUAAGCAGUGCAGGUGGAGAAUGUUGUUGUAAAUGAAAUUUUUUUAAAAAAGCUUUGCAAAUUUCGAAAGACACUCUAUCUAUUUGAUAUAGAAAUAUAGUCAUGUACUCUUCUAGUGCACUCGGUGAUUCGCUAAUAGAAUGCAUCGAGGGCUAUAGUUCUAGCAUCAUAGAUAUUUCUCAUGGUGCACACUCUAUGCGAUGUGCUAUCUGAUAGAUCUAUGUGCUAUUGAAAUGUGCGUGUGGUGAUCUGUGUUCCAGCACAUCAAAGUGUUCUGAUGCUGUACAUUGGUUAUGGUGACUUAAUGGCGUGUACGCUGUGAUGUGCUGCUGCCGUGUCCUGAAGCCAGUGUGUACAAAGUAUUCUGAUGCUGUACAUUGAUUAUGGUGACCUAACGGUGUGUACGCUGUGAUGUGCUGCUGCCGUGUCCUGAAGCCAGUGUGUACAUUCACCAUACAUGUGUACUUGUUAAGUCGAGUGUGUUUAUCCACGAAGCGUGUUCCAUUGUUAGCGUCACCAGAGAUCAAAACAUUGGAUAAGCGACUAUGUUCAAAUUCAUUGUUUAUGGUUACAUCUUAACUUUUUUAGUGCUUCCUAGUGAGACAGUUUUCAUUGGACAUUUGCCCGAUCAGACUCAAGGUAAUUUAAAUCCAAUGCAAGAACAGAUCAAAGCUGUGCAGCUAGCCCUGGAGUACGUGCGUCACGUGGAGACCAACCAAUGCACGGGCGGCACAGGAGAGAUCUUGACCUUGACAUUCGACCACACUCCGUGGAUACAGUACACAGAGCCCGCGGUCAGGACCGCCAAUUUUCUGACCAAGAUCCUUGCACUGGACGGUGACCUGUCGCAGUUUGACGAGUCCAUCUAUUACUCCAUGGUACGCAACAAUGUUCACGGCGACACACUCAUCUAUGGAUCCGCCAUCGCAGUGGAGCCCGGGGUGAUCCCUACCAAACCAAAGUACUGCCCCUACGCCUACAACAACAGAAGCAGCAGCACAGUGACCGCCUUCGACAUCGCCAUCAGCUACGACUAUCAGACGAAUACGACCGAGUGGUACCUGGGAGCCAAGGACAAGGACAGGUCAAAUGUCACGAUAACAAAAGAUGUCGUACGAUCUCUUAAUGCAAGUACCAAAUCAAACAGCUACCAGUACAUGUACCAGCCACUAGCUACGUACCAGGAUGGGUAUUGGACGAGGCCAUAUUUUGACUGUGGCGGCGGCAACAUAUGGAUGAGUACAUACUCUGCUCCAAUAUUAUCCUGGAACAAUGGAACCGUCCAUUUUAGGGGCGUGGCCACCAUCGACAUUGAACUGACUAAUAUAGACAUCAACCAGUGUGACCUAGAUAAGAAUGAAGCCGCCAAGGCGCUGGACAUCUUUCGUGGUACGCACAGCUGCCAGCCAACGACAGUGUGUACGCCCCUGAAUCAAGGCUUCAGAGCCGGCUCUUAUCUGUGUAAAUGCCAAGACGGCUAUUACUUUCCCAACACAUCUGCUGUGGUUAAAGCUUUCAGAGGCGUCGACAUCGAGACGUAUUUCAAGUCUUCCAACAGCAGCAUCCCCAACGGUCAGUUUCAGUGUUUGAAGUGUUCUCGUGGAUGCGACACGUGUGUAGAUUCGACGCCAUGCUUGUAUCAAAUCAACUAUGCCGUUCAGGCCUUCAACAUUUUCAUCAUAAGUAUCCUGAUAGUUGGUUGUAUCAUUGUUUCGGCUGUGAUAAUCAAGUAUAAAAAGGAAUUGGUGAUCAAAACUGCAAGUCCCAUCUUCCUGCUGCUCACGUGUCUUGGGGCGACGCUCAUGUGUUCAAGUGUAUUUGUCAUGUAUGGAGAAGUGACUUCAUUCACCUGCACGUUACAGAUCUGGCCUUUCAACCUGGGCUUCGUCAUCAUGUACGGAGCCUUGUUACUCAAGACCUGGAGGAUUUCUGUUAUCUUUAAGUCCGGCGGUGCGACGAAGCGUAUCAACCUGCCGGACAAAGCUCUCUUGCAGAGAAUGAUUCCACUGGUCAUUGUGUUCACUGGCUACUUGAGUGUGUGGACAGCCCUGGACCCGCCUUACGCUUACACUGUCAAAACUUCGUCAGGGCUCAAGUUUUUCACGUGCAGUAUGACCUGGUGGAAGUACGCGCUUUAUGGAGGAGAGGCACUUCUACUUCUCGUGGGCGUGUAUCUGUGUUUCACUGUGAGAAAGGCCCCGGCCCACUUCAACGAAAGCAAGUUUAUCACCUGGGCCACCUACAACGCCAUCAUAUUGGGAAGUUUUAUCUUAAUGUUAACCCAAUUUGUUGGCCUGUCCGGUGGCCCGGAUGUUGUUUACGUACUCCUCAUGGCCCAGCAGCAGGUCUUUGUGACCAUCACCCUGGCUUUGAUCUUCUUUCCAAAGUUUUGGGCACUGUACAGAGGUACUUUAGAUGACAGUACCGUCUACGCGAACCACGUGGUGACCAUCACUGGACGCGUCAAACAACCGCUGCCCCCCACCACCUCCAGGCUGAGUGAAAGUUUUGCCCUGACCACCGCCAGUGCCUCGGUCCAGUGUAAUCCAGAAGAUUUCUUUUUAAUUUCCGGUUAUCAGGAGGAUGAUAACCUAAGUACGACAAGAACAACUAAGUUCUCCUCCAAAGUCGGCCCCCUAAAGUUGGCGUCACUGCAGGUCACAGACAGCAACGGCGGACACAGCUUCUCAUCCACUGAUACGUAGCGCUCAGAUUGAAGAUGUACUCACGAGCUCAUCUCAACGCUCCUGCGCGUGCUUCUAAAAAUAACCGCCGUGUGCCAGAGCGAACGAACAUGCCCGCCUAUUUGAGGCCAUCCCAGAAUUCAAGUCUGUCCAGUAUUUCUGGAGAUGGCGUCAUAGCUGUCAAGGGGCAGCCACUCCGUGCCUGCUUUGAAAUGUUCUUUGAUUGUGGUGUGCAACAAACGAGAACAGAACAAUUAGGAAUGCAUUACUAGCCAUUAAGGGGAAAACACUCUCGUGUAAGAGGAGAUAAUCCUGUAAGGGGACGUAACUGAGAUUGAGUCAACAAAAUGUGUUUUUAAUACAAAUUUGCUGUGGCUUAAAUGACAAAGUAAAAUAAUAAUAAUAAAAAAAAAAAUUUAAAAAAAAAUUUUAAUAUUGGGUAGAGAACAGAAAGAAAGUUAAAUCUGUAGAAAUAUUUUCUUUUUCCAUUCCAUUCAGUUAUAUUUAGAAUUUAUGGGACUUAUAAUUGACAACUUUGACUCCUAGAGCCGGCAAUAUGUAAUCCAUUCAUGUCAAGCAAGAAGCAGCAGGAUUUGUACUCUGCAAGGACUAGAAAAGUGAAUCAAUCUCUGUGCAAUGUCUCCAUUCGUCCACAGUACGCCACGUGACCUAUGCCACGUGACCUGACGUCAUAAAUAUGUUCUGACCAUAGCAAUACAAUGGUUCUGACUUAGUCCAUAGAAGUAAAUGCUGUUUGAUUGUAUAUUUCGUGUAGAUAGCCUAGAAUACAAUUUUUGACUUGUGAAAUAUUUGGUUAGAUCAUAUUGGUUUAGAGCAGUGAUGACCAAAAUAAGGCCCGCGGGCCACAUCCGGCCCGCGAUGCAAGUCUAACCGGCCUUUCAGAACUUCUCUCCGCAAUACAAUAAAUGGGAAUGUAAAAUAUAUGAUUAAAAAAAAUAAUAACCAAACCAGUGUCCUUGCCAUUUUUAGUUGACUUCUUUUGGUAGCAAACGUGAUUGGUAGCUUGCUGGUCAACAUGGGAGUGUUGAAUACAUGGGAAUGCUGAACAAAAACUUGGCUUUGAGUGAACACAAUAAAUAGAAAAAUGGACACGUUUUGUUUUGUACAGAAUACAUAAAGUAUAUCUGUUUUAAUGGAGUAUUUGCAUUGCAGCCUGUCAUUCAGAAGUUUGGAACAUCCUACUAAUUGCUAUAGAAUUAAUGUUGGAUACAACUUGUUUCCAAUCAAAAUGUCGUCUGCUCUAUUGCUUUUCCAUUUUCGCAAUGAUGUGGCCUGCGACAAGAGCGUGGGGAAUUUAUUUGGC